GGCACCAGACCCACCGCGAUCAUGAUCUGAAUAAAUCUGAAGCGAAUAUUAAUAUAAACUAAUUAUCUCGUCAACUCACAAACGGAGCAGCGAAUGGAAUCAGAUUCAAAACUCGUUUAUCUGAAUCGACUCAGUGAGUUGAACCGAGCAGGAAUCGUUCCGCCCCUGUGUGGCUGGGAGGAGUUUUUGGGUUGGUUGGUUGUGCCCGUCGUUAGGGAACAGUCUGGUGCUGGUCAGGGGGGUACGGGGUUUUCUAGGGUGGAUAUUUUUAUUUUUAAGGUCUGCGGUGAGUUGAAUGAUGUUGCGCAGUAAUGAAUCGUAACCAGGAGGCGCACCGGGUGGUCCUGACCGGGUUCAGCAGCACCGGCGAGGCGGUCCCAGCUUCUUCUGCUCCCGCUGCCGCCUCCAACCAUGAUCCUGAAGCUCCAGCACCGAGCCGAAAGGCGGGUCAGCACAAUGCACAGCGGACGCGAGCAGACAGGCCGGCAUACAAGCGCUGUAACUCUCAGGACUCACUGGAUGAGCUGGCCAUGGACGACUACUGGAAGGAGAUGGAGAUCAUCCAGCACAGCGGAGACGCUGAACCUCAGGAGGAGGUGCAGCUAAAAGUAGCUGAUGAGGGCGAGCAGGAAGAGGCGUGGCUGAUGGAGGCGGGGCUGGCGACCCUGUUUGAUGAGUCAGCUUCGGACGGUGAGGAUAGCAGGGUGUUGCUAUCCACGCUGACCCGCACACAAGCCGCCGCCGUCCACAAACGCCUGGAGACGCUACGCAAACGCAACAAACCCUACAGCGUCCCAGACGUCCGGGACAUCUUCAAACCUCAGGACAACAAGGAUGAUGAGUCCAAGACCACAGAAGGAAGUGAAGCAAGUAAAAAGGAAGCAGAAUCAGCUGGUGAGGGUGUGGCUGUGGGAAAUGGGACGCAGCCUGACGGAGAGGUCAGUGCCGAACCGGAGACGGAUCUCAACCAAGAGGUGUCGUUCUCCGAGCAGGCUCUCAGCUACAGGGACGGGUCAAAGGUCACGCCUCCAGUCGACGAGGCGGACGACAGGUUACCUGACUUUCGGGUGGCACCAGAGAAAACCGGGACGACGAAGGUAGGUGACCUGUCCCCGGCCGACAUGAAGAAGGUACACCGACUGGUUCUGAUCGAGCUGAGUGCUCUGUUCGAUACGGCCCGCGUUGAACUCAAGACUCACAGACCUCUCAGGAUAAGGGUCAAAGAAUCCGGGUUGUUCGGGGUUCCUUUGCCAACGCUGCUGGAUCAGGACCAGAAGAAGGUGUCUGGUACCCGUGUGCCAAUGAUACUCCAGCGGCUCGUUUCUCACAUAGAACAGGAAGGACUGGACACUGAGGGGCUUCUACGGGUCCCUGGAGCAGCCACCAGAGUAAAGGUCGUGUGUCAGGAACUGGAGCAGAAGUUCUACGAGGGCUCGUUUAACUGGGGAACUCUUAAGCAGCACGACGCGGCCAGCGUCCUCAAACUCUUCAUCCGAGAGCUUCCUCAUCCUCUCCUCACCGUGGAGUACCUCAGCGCUUUCAUGUCCGUCCUUAAAUUUCCCACCAGGAAGCAGCAGCUGCAGGCUCUUCAUCUACUAGUUCUGCUCCUACCAGAACCCAGCAGAGACACACUGAAGACACUGUUGGAGUUCCUCCAGCGAGUGAUCGACCACAAGGAUCAGAACAAAAUGACGUUGAAUAACGUAGCUGUGGUGAUGGCGCCCAACAUCUUCAUGUUUAAAGGCUUUCGAAGCAAAAACACGGAGCAGCAGGAAUUCGCAAUGGCGGCGGGAAUGGCCAACAUCGUCCGGUUGCUGAUACGUUACCAGAACCUGCUCUGGACUAUCCCGAAGUUUGUGAUGAAUCAGGUGCGAAAGCAGAACGUGGAGAGCCAGUGGAAGAUAAACCGAGACCGAGCGGUCAAAAAACUGUUAAAGAAAAUGGCCUACGACCGCGAGAAGAACAGCGAGAAGGUGGACAAAAGUCCAGAGGUGGAAAGCGGCUUCAUCAGGGUUCAGGCUCCACAGUUCUCAAAGGUCUCCAUGGCAGUUCAAUUGACUGAAGAGCUUCAAGCAUCUGAUAUUCUCACCCGCUUCCUCAGUCAGGAGAGUUCCCUGACGGUGAAGAGAGAAGAACUGUGUCUGUACGAGAUCGGAGGAAACAUCAAGGAGCGAUGUCUGGACGAGGAGACGUACAUGAAGGCCCUGCUGGAGCUGAACCCCUCCGCCGAGUGGGUCAUCAAGUCAAUCCAGCGCUAACAUCAACUACACGAUCCUCCAAUCAAGCAGUCGACCAAUCAGGCUGCGGGAGAGACACUGGAUCAAAGGGAAAGUUCCAGUUUAGACUUUAUCAUAGCUGAAGGUUCCUGUAGAUGGAGCCUGUCUCGCACUUUGAUGCUUUGUUCUGGAGAUAAAGGUGGGGUUGUAGAGCGCCCCCUGUGGGACAUGGUAAAUUAUGACGGAUUAAUGAACUGAUCAGGUUUUGUAAACAUUUUUACUGAAUCAAAGCAGCGACCUGAGGAAGAAGAAGCUAAGAGCUGUAAAAGAGUCUACUGAUUUCACUUAUUAGUUUUAUUUUUAUUUUCAGUCUUGUGAGGGAUUUUUGGUGCGGUGAUUCAGACAAACGGUUUUACCUUGUAGUGACUAACGGUUUGGAUCACGACUUAUGCACCUUAAAAAAGCAAUUUUUUUUACACAAAGCUAAAGUGUGUCCAGAUCCUUCUGUUAUUUAUUGAUUAUUGGAUGUUCUGUCCGUUUUAGUGCUAAUUUAAUUUAAAUUUCCAAUUUUCUUAAUCGUUUUAUGUAAAAACAAACAAUAUUUUUUGCCUUGUACAUUACAAAAACUAUACAUACAUUAAAUCAUCACCUUUUACAGAAUGAAAAAAUGGCUUUUAAAAUUGACAUUAAAUAAAAAGCAGAUUUAAAUACACACACAAGAUAAUGAAGCCCAAUUAUAUAUCACUAAAAUGUGUGGAUUUGUUCAUCUCUAAAAAUCUCUUAAAAUAAAUACAAAAACAUUCCUGUAUAAAAUAAUUGCAAUAAAACCAGAAUUAAUAGAAUAAAAUGAAACUAUAAUAAUAAAACCAUAGUUCUGUAUUAAAUACUCACGCUGGUUCAGAAAUAUUUUACUGAAAAUGUUUCUAAUUGGCUGCGAGGAUAAAUUUGGAUUAAGACUAAAUUAAAAUAAUAAUUCAUUUUUUUUUAUCUCUUUCUUUUUUAUUAAUCACUUUAUUCUGGUCAGGGUCACUGUGAUCCUGGCUUCACCAGGAAACACUGACUGCAGGGCAGGAAUAACCAAGACAGGGUGCAAAUCUUUCACCGACCUCUCAGACAUCCAUCAGACGAUCACGUCUGUGUAGACACCCGGCCGCCCGAUAGCAGUGCUGGGAUUCAAACCACUAGACUGCUGCACCACUCCAUCACCAAAUAAUAAUAUUUACAUUUCCGGCAUUUAGCAGCCACUUUUAUCCAAAGUGACUUACAGCCUAAGCACUUGAGCGUUAAGGGCCUGGCUCAAGGGCCAAACAGUGGCAACCUGGCAGUGGUAGGUUUUGAACCAGCGACUUUCUGCUUACUAGUCCAGUACCUUAACCACUAGGCUACAACUGCCCUAAUAUAAUAAUAAUGUUGAUAAAAUGAAGUGAAAUGUAAAGUAGUUGUAUGCAGAAGUUUUACACACCUGGUUUUGUUGUUUUUCUGAAUGAACAAACUUCAGUUUGUGAACAAACUGGUAUUUUUCUGUUGAUUUGCUGAAUUUUGCAUAAUAGAAGAAAAAACAUCAAAUAUUUAAGUGCCAUAAAUGUUUUUCAGUUUGUUAAAUUCAGUAAACGAGCCACGAUUGUGCACGAAAUUGUGCCGAUGUUUGUUCUAGCAACAGAAAACUGGAUCAGUGACGUCAGUGUGUCUGUGUCCAGCAGAGUUACUUUUACAGAUAAAUCACAGUCCUCAACGUUUUUCAACACUACAGUCAUUACUAAAGUGAAGUUCCUCCCCUGUUCAAAACAGACAUGAUGAUGUAAUUGGUCCGGUUUUCUUCUGAUUGAUUGGCUGGAGCGGGAGUCGAAUUUGCCAGCUUUCGAAUUACCACUUUCGAGUCUGGACUCUUGGGUUCAAAAUUCUCAGCAGACACACAGUCGGUCUUGCUGCUGCAACAGCGACUCCUACUGACUGUCUGGUCAAAAAAACCUCUGAAGCCAUGCACUUGUAGCAGGACGAGGGUGUUGUGUGACCAGCAGAGGUCAUCAGAAUCCACAGGGAAAUUGAGUAUAUCCAAAUUGAAACAUUGCAGAAAUAACGUUCUGGCAUCACAGAACUGUUUUGAUAUUUUACAAAUAGGUUCUUCUUUAAUCAACAUUAAAAUUAAUGGAGGUUAAAACGUUUCCAGAUUUUUUACGCGUGAUAGUGCGUCGUAAAUUGUGGGUGAACAUGAAGUAGUCUUCUCUGAAGCCCGACUGAGCAGUUACCCAGUCCUGUCCUCUCCAGAUUAAAUGUUUCCCGUCUGUUAUGACUUCGACCGUGGCUAAUAAACUGUUGUGAAUACUGUUGUCUCAGAAAACAGCGCUAAUUUAAUACACUAACAAAAAUCACAAAACCAAGAGUUGAGAGACAGAAAGUGCUGUAAUAACUUACAAUCUGUCCUUACUGACCUUGCUUUGUACACAUGCUGGAACAAAAAGGGGCCUUCCCCAAACUUUUGCCACAAAGUUGGACGCAUAUUAUUGUUUUUUUCUGUCCACAUCAGUAAGCACUGGGUCUGACUGACCCUUUACAUACUGACUUUAUAUAGAGAGGCGUCCACAUACUGUCCACGAUCUGUGGAUGAGCAGCGCCCCCUAGAGUCCAACAGCGUGUUCUGGUCAUUUUAAACACUCUUAUGUUUAGUAGAAUUGAAAUGCUGGUGGAUUCUUGACCGUACUGAAACAAAGGUCACUCCAGACGUUGAUGAAUCUCUGAGUCGUUUGAACAGAACAGGAACUUGACUGCCACCAAUCAGGAAAUGCUGGAUCUCUUAUAACUUAUGCAACAGGAAUGUUCCAACUGGGACCUGAUAUACUGGGAGAAAUGGUUUGACUGAAUUUAAACAUUUACAGUUCUGUGACGGUACAAUUAACCAGUUGGAACAAAUCAGCACGUCUGAUUAAAGGACUGAAAAUGAAAUUUCCUGUGGAUGAUUCAAAUGAAUCGACUCAAACUGAUUCAGGUGAUUUAUUAUUAUUAUUAUUAUUACUAUUAUUAUUAUGACUGUUUUUGUUCAUACUGUGAAUUUAACAAGUGACUACUGAUUUUGUAAAUAAAUACGUCAUUAAAUAA